GUGUGUUUCUGACAAGCAUAAACACUCAUUAUUAACAUCGCUUUUACUUUUAAACCCCUUUGUUUAUACACGUUGUAUUUUCUGCAGUGAUUGUCCGUGGUAGCCAGUGACAUAUGCUCCUCGUUUUAGCUGUUCUUUUAGGCUGUUUAAUGUUUAUCUUGGUUUAGCCUGGUUAGCUUGAGCGGCUAAUAAUAAGUCUCGACACUUUUCAUCUCAAUUUGUCACCUUCAGUUAGAAAAAAAAGAGUUCAUAUUGUAAACAUGUGUGGAUAUACAGACACGCGUCUGGUGAGACGUGUGUGAAUUGUUACGUUGGCUUUGUUUUUUUUGGGUGGGAUCAGUGAUGUCAUCAUCGGCCGUCGUGAUGGUUUAAGGAGCAACAGUGGCGAGGAGGUGGCCGAGCGUGUGAUGUUACGCUGGACGGUGCACCUGGAGGGUGGGCCACGGAGGGUCAACCACGCUGCUGUGGCGGUCGGGCACAAGGUUUACUCCUUUGGAGGAUACUGCUCGGGUGAAGAUUACGAGACCUUGAGGCAGAUCGACGUUCACGUCUUUAACACAGUGUCUUUGCGCUGGACCAAACUGCCGCCCGUGAGGACCGGAGGCCGAGAGCAUGCCCAGGAAGUGCCAUACAUGCGCUACGGGCACACUGCUGUCCUCGUAGAUGAUAUCGUCUACAUCUGGGGUGGCCGUAAUGACACAGAAGGGGCAUGUAACGUGCUCUACGCCUUUGAUGUCAAUAAUCACAGAUGGUUCACACCCAAGAUUUCUGGAACAGUCCCAGGCGCUAGAGAUGGGCACUCGGCCUGCAUCUUAGGAAAAUCCAUGUACAUCUUUGGUGGAUAUGAGCAACUGGCUGAUUGUUUCUCUAAUGAUAUUCACAAGCUGGACACCACGAGCAUGUGCUGGUCUCUCGUGAAUGCCAGGGGUACACCGGCUCGAUGGAGAGAUUUUCACUCGGCCACUGUUAUCGGCAGUAAGAUGUUUGUCUUUGGGGGCAGAGCGGAUCGAUUUGGUCCUUUCCACUCUAAUAAUGAGAUCUAUUGCAAUAAAAUCAAAAUUUUUGACACCGAGACCAACUGCUGGCUCAACACGCCGUCGACCCAACUGCUGCCAGAGGGCCGGAGGAGUCACUCGGCCUUUGCUUACAAUGGUGAGUUGUACAUAUUUGGUGGCUAUAAUGCUCGUCUGGACCGACAUUUCAACGAUCUCUGGAAGUUCAAUCCAGAGGCGUUCUCCUGGAAAAAGGUAGAACCGAAAGGUAAAGGUCCGUGUCCCAGAAGACGACAGUGCUGCUGUAUGGUUGGAGAUCGCAUCAUUCUGUUCGGAGGAACCAGCCCGUGUCCAGAACAAGGGAUGGGUGAUGAAUUUAACCUCAUGGAUCAUUCAGACCUGUACAUCCUGGACUUCAGUCCUAAUUUGAAGACUUUAUGUAAACUAGCGGUGAUUCAGUUCAGUCUGGAGCAGUCUGGUCUCCCGCAUGACAUCAGGUGGGAGCUGACAGCCAUGACCACCAACAGCACCAUCAGUCGGCCCAUAUUCUCCUCUCACGGCUGACAGCAGAAGAAACUUUUGCUCAUUCAUUGGUUGUGAAUCAGGAUUUCAACAUUCGGAUCCCAUGAGACGAGUUUUCGUGCCAUUGAACGCCGUUCUCCUGGACAUAUUUUGCCAUUGUUGAGGCACUUGUUUCAUUUUGAGGAAAAAACCUGCACAAUUUAAUUUAGUCCAAUUAUUCAGUGUUACCAUGUUUUUAAGAGGUUUUGAAGUGAAAUGAAGUUUGUUUAACCGUUGUUAUCUCAGUGAUUCUUCUCAAUCUGGGUUACGUGCAGCUGGCUUAAUCGCUGUCAUGAACAGCAGAGACAAUAUUUAAAUCAACGUGAGAUCUCUGAAUCAUUCAGCAGAAAACAUGCUGAGUGUUCUUCAUCUGACUUUUAACAGGAUGUGAUGGAUCUUUUCUGUUUUUGAAAAUAAAACUUGUUGAAAAUGAA